GAGAGUGGGCGGGGAGUCUAGGGGGUGUGUGAGGGGCGGAUGCUCAGAGUGGGCAGGGCCCGAGCUUGCCCCGCCCCGGGUGUGUAGCACAAGCUGUUUGUGGAAAGCCUAGCAAGCUUAAAAAGUCACUCUACCCGAAACCAGGAUGGCGGUGUCUGCCUUCCAGCUGUGGCGUGCGGGCGGGCUGCUAAGAAGAAACUUCCUGACUCACUCGUCUUCUUGGAAAAUCCCUCCUCGUGUCCUCAAAUCCUCACAACCAGAAGCUCUACUCAGUGUAACAAAUAAUGCCCUAUGUUUCGCACCUCUGCAGACAUUUACUGAUGAGGAUAUUAUGAUGCAGAAGGCAGUCAAAAAAUUUGCACAGGAACAAAUUGCUCCUUUGGUUUCAACUAUGGAUGAAAAUUCAAAAAUGGAGAAAUCAGUGAUACAAGGAUUAUUCCAACAAGGGAUGAUGGGCAUUGAAGUUGAAGCAAAAUAUGGAGGAACAGAAGCCUCCUUCUUGUGCUCUGUCCUGGUGAUAGAGGAACUAGCUAAGGUGGAUGCGUCCGUGGCUCUCCUAUGUGACAUCCAGAACACAGUCAUUAACAAACUGUUUAGGAAGCACGGGACAGAAGAACAGAAGGCCACCUAUUUGCCAAAGCUGGUUACGGAAAAAUUAGGGAGUUUUUGCCUCUCUGAAGCUGGAGCUGGUAGCGACUCUUUUGCUUUGAAAACAAGAGCUGAUAAAAGUGGAAAUUACUACGUCAUCAAUGGAUCGAAGAUGUGGAUCAGCAAUGCUGAACAUGCAGAGCUCUUCCUGGUUUUUGCAAAUGUGGACCCCCCCUCUGGGUACAGAGGCAUCACCUGCUUCUUAGUAGACCGAGAUACAGAAGGUUUUCAAAUAGGGAGACGAGAAAACAAAAUGGGGAUCAGAGCUUCUUCCACCUGUCAGUUAACAUUUGAAAAUGUCAAGGUUCCAGAAACCAGUGUUUUGGGGAAAAUUGGGCACGGUUAUAAAUAUGCCAUAGGAAGUCUUAACGAAGGUAGAAUUGGAAUUGCUGCCCAGAUGCUAGGACUGGCCCAAGGAUGUUUUGACUACACUAUUCCAUACAUAAAAGAAAGGAUGCAGUUCGGCAAACGAAUAUUUGAUUUUCAGGGGCUCCAACACCAAGUGGCUCACGUGGCCACCCAGCUGGAAGCUGCGCGGUUGCUGACGUACAACGCUGCUAGGCUUGUAGAAGCCGGGAGGCCAUUUAUAAAAGAAGCAUCUAUGGCCAAGUAUUAUGCAUCAGAGGUCGCUGGGCUGACAACAAGCAAGUGCAUCGAGUGGAUGGGAGGGGUCGGCUACACCAAAGAUUACCCUGUGGAGAAAUUCUUCCGCGAUGCGAAGAUCGGUGAGCAGACUUUCUACGUUCUCUUGUUUUAUUUGCCACUGUGGGUAUUUGGGCUAUUGUGUUUGUCGAUUUUAUAUUACUGGUACUUAGGUAAAAGCAUUUUAAUCUCUACAGAAUGUUUAUUGACUUUUCUUUGUGGCUGGAUUUCUUCCUUCUUCCUAUCAGAAAAAAAUGAAUUUAUAUUUCUAAAAACAUCAAAUUGACUCUUAAAAUGCCUCAGUAGACCUUUUAAGAGAACUGCGACAAAAUGUGCUGUCUUCAUUUUCCUGUUACUGAAGUUGUUGGUAUUUACCAUUCCUGGAGUCUAAUACUGUUCUUGAAGUAUGGUUCUAAUUUCAGAAGGCAGCUGCCUAAUCACGCCUGAGUGCUCCAGUCCUCCACCAGCAGCGUGGAGAGCGAACGGCGGUCCCGAAAGCUGCCAGGUCCUUAGAAGCAGCUGGGCUUGCUCACUGAUGCUCUGAGAGCCAAGUCCUCAACUGUUCAAAGCUGCCUUUAGUGAGCCGCAGAGCAAAUGGAAAACGGUUCCCUGGUCAGAAUCACUUUGGAAACGGAAUCCUGUAACUCAGAGCAAAUGCAGGGUUGUCUUUUGCACUCGUCUCUGUGUGGCUCUCCUUAGCUCUGGGUACACUCCUGAUUAUCCUGUUUCUCCCUUUUGUUUAAGGUACAAUAUAUGAAGGAACUUCCAACAUCCAGCUGAACACCAUUGCAAAGCACAUCGAUGCAGAGUACUGACGUCUGCGGCAUGGGUCCCCUGGUGUCACUGGCCCACCAUUUGCAACUGUUGUGCCUUAUUGAGUGUGUCUGUAGUGCAGGCCCCUUGUGUGAAGCCCCUUGUCCUGGUCUCAGCCUUGGGUUUUGUCCCUGCCCCUUUUCAAUCUACUCUAAAAACUGUUUCUAAGAACACAUUUAUAUUUCUCAUCCCAGUUUCAGAGUAUACAAAAGUUUGACUAUGCCAGCAUUUGGGAAGAAGAAACCGUUUGAAGAAGUAUUGGCAUCAUUGACAGGAACAGGAAACUGUUUGAAGAAGUAUUGGCAUCAUUGACAGGAACAGGAAACCGUUUGAAGAAGUAUUGGCAUCAUUGACAGGAACAGGAAACCGUUUGAAGAAGUAUUGGCAUCAUUGACGACAGGAACAGUCACUUUAUAUUCCUACUAAAUCUUUGGACUGUGGUAUGAGGAGCGUUUGUUACAGUUGGCAAUUUUUAUUCAAUACUUUAGAGAUUCAGUGGUAAGUUGCUAAACAAGGUAGAAACUGUUAAAAUUUAUUUGGAAAAAUCUAGAACUCUUAGUUCUAAAUAUCAAAGAAAUAGUAGAAAAGUAAAAAUGUAGCUUUUUAGGCCAUAUAAUUGACAACAACAAAAAGUCUAAACUAUUAUUUUAAACAACAAAAGCAGUAUUUUUGGCUGCUAUAAUUGAACUAUCUGAAAGAUAUAUUAUGCAGUGGCUUUUAGCAGCUCAUUUUAAAAACAUGUCCUCAUAUUAGUUUUCAGUUAUAAAAUUUAAAUAAUGGCCUAAUCAUCUGAAAAUAAUUUAUCUGAUCAUGCACUAUUUUUCAGUAGUAUGAUUUAUUUCUAUAUUUUAACUGAGUUUUUUUUUCUCAAACUUGGUUAUUGGACUUUAUCCUAAAUAGUAAUUAAUUGAGAAAUUCAAUUUUGGUUUUCAAAAUUGAUUCUUAAGAGAAAUAUACCCCCAUAAGGAAAUAAUAUCACAAUCUCAUAAGGAAUGGGGAAUACAGACUAGGUACAUUUUCAGGCACAUUCAGUGUAAAUAUAUGUAGUCAUUUAUACUGGUAUAUUAAAUAAUAUUAUAUUUGUGAAGACAGAGAUUUAUGUCUUACAAUGUAAAUGAAAAACAGACAAACCUAAUCAGAUAUCUGGCUGGUGAAGCCAUUGGUCAGUGUUAGGAAUUUCCAGUCAGGAGAAGACCCUCUAGUGCAGACCCUGAGUCCUCUGGAGAGAGUAGACAAACGAGUUUCACAUUUCCAGAGGAAACAUCACAAGUUAGAUGUGAAAAAUGCCCCAAGGCUCGUGCAGUUGCUGAAAGUAAUCAUUACUUCUAGGUAGAAAGUAUUUUAGUACUUUUGCAAAAGGAUAAUGUUUAUUAAGAAAACUUGACAUUUUCUAGGUAAUUUUGCUUUGCACAGUCAUGUUUAUUGAGCUAAAUUAAUUUCCACAAUGCAAAUCAUAGUUAAAUAUGCAAGGUUGUGUAAAUACAGUUGAGAUAAGGAUUACAUUAAAACAGUAGGAAGAAACAGAACAAAUUUAGACCUUGAAUCCAAAGAGAUAAAGUCUACUUGACUUUCAAAUGGGGGAACUGAAGAAAGCCCCUCACCCAGGCUUUCAGAACAGACAGAUGGGGAGAUAAGAAAGCCAGGGUGGGUUGCAGUGCCCUGAUGGGCAGACAUCUUCCACUUCUGUGCCCAUGUGAAGGAGGUAGCCUUACAGACGGGGCAGUGGGAGGCAAUGAGUAAACAGAGUCCUUCCUUCCUUCCCUCCCUCGAGUUAGAAACCCAGGAAAGGGUGAUAAACUCUCUGUCCUAACUCAGUAUCAGCAGGGACUGUCCGUUACCUAUUUGGACUUGCAAUGUGCCCAUAGCACUCUAAUUCUGUGUGUAUAUUUUGCACAUAUUCACAAAGGAUAGUUAACAUGCGUAAGUUACUGGUGUAAUUAAUGUAUGAACUCGCCUGCUUCUCUCCGUGAGUCCUUGCAUUGUUUCACCAAGGAGGAUGUCUGAGGUCUACUCAUAUUUCUUCGGACUUCCGUGACUUUGUAAUCUGUCAUGAAACCAUGUCUCUCGAGUUUGUGUCUGGUAAGGAACCACACGAUGUUUGUUAAUUUGAGGACUGAGAUGACACAGGGCACAGGAGUUAUAUGGUAUAUGCAGGUCGAAUUGGUUGCCAAGUUUGCGUUGUUAGAAAAAGACUGUACACAACCAUAAAAGCAGCUCUGUCAAUUUAAACUGAAAGACUUAACCAAGGCUGUCCUCUCAGAUCAUCCAUCCAAGGACAAAGACAAGAAUUCAGAUGGACCGGCUCAGAUUCAGUGUUUUUCCCAUUACUAAACACAGUCGUCGUUUGGCAGAUCUUGGAUUUUGUCCUUGUUUUAUUUUGUUGAUUUAUUUCAGGUUUACCUGGUAAAUAAUGAGCAUCAUAGUAAUGUUGUGAUUGAUCGGUCACUUGCUAAAGGCUCUUAGGCUAUAGCCCGGAUGUCAGGUCCGAAGAUGGCUUUGUGAGAUCAUUCUGCAUCACUGUUAUACUGUUUUAUAAGAAAUACUCCGCAGGGUGCUUAUGCUGAUCUGUCAUAAAGAGAAAGUUCCACUUAA